AUGGACUUUUCAAAAUGUCAUGCCUCAAAAUGUACACUGAUUACUAAUAUGACCAGAUGGCGAGAGGCUGAUGCUCUCAUAAUAACGGAAGAUAUGGUACCUAGUGGAUUUCGGCCACCAAAGCAGUUAUGGUUCGGUUUAAUACAUGAAUCUCCUGCACACAUUGCAAUGCCAAGUUUUCUGGAAAAUGAAGUUAAUUUCACAAUAUCUUAUCGCUUGGAUUCAACAAUUUAUUCUCCAUAUGGUUCCUAUGAACCAAAUAUAAUACAACAUGGCGCAGAAACACGGUAUUCUCUGCCAAAUAGAAACUUCGCUAAUG